AUAUCACGUUUGGCGCCUGCUAUUGACGGUCUAGUUAACAACGCGGGCAUCUCAUAUAGCGGUGACAUUGUCGGAUACGAAGAGGCAAAGUUGACCAUGGCAAUCAACUACUACGGUGCCAAGCGUGUGACCAAGGCUUUCUACCCCCUCCUCAGGAACACGGGCGUAUC